UUUCAGAAGAAAAAUGUCAGACGGUUCGAUGGAUGAUGAUGGAAGGUUAUUUCCUGACUUGGGCUCAUCAACACAUGACAAUCGAGAGAUACGUGUUCGUUUCCUAAACAGAUGUGCUUACCCCGUGGACGUGUUUUGGCUGAAUCCAUCAAAACAACCGACAAAAUACGGAACACUUGCCCAAAAAAAGUAUUUAGACAUUAAAACUUUCAAGGAUCAUCCAUGGGUUGCUAGGAGAUCCUUUGAUGGAUGCAAAGUAUUGGUAAACGAAAAAGAAGUAUUCUGGCCGGAGCCAGCUCCUCGAAUGAAUUUGAUUGUUCGAAAUCAUUGUGUCAUCACAAUGAAAGUUCAAUCCUUACGAGAAAUUGCCGGACGUUCGUUCUUACGGCAUAAUCCAACUGAAGUUCCAAACAAAAUCAAAGGACUUCCACGAGAACUACAAUUUGAAGUCAAACAUUUUCUGGAUAGAAAACAAGAAUAUUCCGAAAUAGUCUGCCGUUCAAUUCCUCCUCCUGGACCCCAGAGACCUCAGCAAUGAUUCUAAUUGUAUAUAGUUUCGAAAAUUGUCAUGAUAGAAGCAAUUCCAUUCCCCAUACGGUCGUUUUCUCAAAAGUAGCAUUGAAUACUGUUAAUGAUUUUUUCACCAUUUUUGUCACAAUUUUUGCUAGCAUUUGUGGUAAAGUAUUUUAAAAGCGCAAAAGUUAUGUUGGCAAAUGAUGUUCUGUAAGAUAAUUUAUUAUAUUUCAUGUUACAUUCGGACUGAAGUACAAGAAAAAUUAAUAUGGUCAAAGGUACACACGACUUUCUAAUUUCAAAAACAAACAAUUUACAAUUGAAAAAAUUGGAGAGCAGAAAAAUCAGCUUACGGCUUUUUUGCUGAAAAUAAAUUGAUUUC